AUGGCGGCUGCUGCCUCCUCGCGUUGCCUUUUAGCUGUCACAGGCCGGGGACGGGCGGAAUCACACCGGGUUUGGCAACCUGGUAAUCACAGUGACUUCAGCUGCCCCAUCUGUCUCCAGACAGCAACUCUCCCAGUAGAAACCAACUGUGGACAUUUAUUCUGUGGUUCCUGUCUGAUCACAUACUGGAAGCACAGUCCCUGGCUAGCAGCAAUAACCUGCCCUCUCUGCAGACAAAAGGUGGUUCUCCUGGACAACAUCUCUUGUGAAAAGCAACACAAGUCCAGUGACCAAACUGCACAUGACAUCAGAGAUUACAACAAGCGCUUCUCAGGGCAGCCGCGACCCCUUGCAGAUUACCUCUAUGACAUGCCGUUAUUCCUGACCCUUGCCUUGCGUGGAAUCUUCACCUGGGGUGGUCUCCUAUGGAUCUUUUUCCUAAGAGUUGCCGUUUGCUCCUUUGGAACAAUCAUAUGCUUGUCUUCUCCAUUUGACACCAAGCCUGGGCCCCUCUACAGGAUGCUUGGAACAGCUGAUGACAUGGUGGUUGUCUCCCUUCUUUUAAUUUGCAUGAUCAACAUUUGUCAGCAGAUUGCAUCUAAUGGGGUAUCUAUGGCCAGGUCUGCAGCUCCGAGCAUGCUCUCAGAAUCCUGACUGUCUCAGACUUGGAUUCCUUGGACAAACUUCAUCAAGUGUUAACAGUCUUCUCUUUGAUUUGGGGCACUGUAUCAUUCUGCUGCUGACAAAGGCU